AUAAACAUCUUAAUUACAAGUUCUAUUCUUGCUGCAUACAAAUGAUGAACGUGUUUGUUCAUGCAUAUCAUUUCAGAUUCUUCUACUUACUUGAACGUAAAAAUAUGACAAAAACAUGCUUAGGCCAUGUGCUCAAAAGUUCUUGUGGAUGAUGAGUUUGGUCAUUGUGUCAAAUCAAGGUAAUGUUAUUUUAUUGUAAGAAACUUCAACAUUGUUUUUAUUUUGUUAAAAAUCUUUUAAAGGCAACUUAGAGUUGGUGUUAAGUUAUCGCAGUGUCAGUGUAGAGUAUAACUUUAAGGGGGAGAGUUAAAAAAGGCAUGCUCAUUCUCCAUAGAAUUUGCUCCAGUUCACACACAAACCUAGAUAGAAGACAGAGUAAUGGCUGCGCUUUUGUUACUGCUGUCAAAUAUAACCACACGUGCAUCAGAACAUAAAUUACACAAAUUACUGCACAUAAUAUUAGAUUUUUACGGUCUCACUAGACACUUCCUAAAUAUUGGGAAUUUUCUCUCAUCCUUUUAAAAAUUCUAAAAUCACCUUACCGAACUUAUUCCCUCACAAAUAUUUAGUUAUGAUAGUGUUGUCUGCAGGUAAAGGAUUGCCGGUAUCAUGAGUUUGAAUUAAAUUGCAUAUACAAAUUUACGAAAAUUAAAUUAAAGUGAACUUAGGCAUUUCCUUUUUUAGUUCAUUGGUAUGUUUCAAACUAUGGAAGUGACACAACAAUAUGCGGAUCAAAUUCACAGCCAUGCAAAAAUUUAAAUCAUAUUAUAAACAAAACAUCGAAUGGAGACACCAUUUAUCUCAAUGCAACUCGGGAACAGGAGCAUUUCCGCGUUUGUGACGAUAAUAUCACCAAUGGACUGUUACUUCAACACUCGUUGACUAUAAAGGGACAGAAUUUUGUUCCUGUAAUAACUUGUAAUAUUUCUUUAUUUGCUUUCAACAUUAUUGGUGGUUCAAAAUAUUCUGUUAAUGUUACGUUCAUAGAUGUCGCUUUUCGAAGUUACGAGAGAAAUUCAACUCGUAAAUGCAAACCGCAAGAGCAAGGGAUGAUUCACUCAACAAACGCAAAUGUUUCGUUUUUAAAUUGUUUAUUUGAAGACAUGUGUGUUGCUAUCCUUGUUGAUUUUGAUGAUAAAAACGCCCACGCUGUUAAUAUUCAAUCCAGUGAAUUUGUAGGUGUUUCCUAUACACUGUAUUCUAAUAACAUAAACAUAGGAAUUGUAACAAUGGAUGCUGUUAGGAUAGUUGGAAAUGCAGUUGGUACGGAGAGUUCACCUUCGCAUGCUGUAUCGUUAUCUAGCUAUAAAUUUCUCAGCGUCCAGAUAAAACGAACAGCCAUUAAGAAAACGCAUGAAGGAAUGUCGUUGACUGUGACACAUGGCAUAUGCAGAGCGUAUGUGCAGGAUUCUAUAUUUGCAAAUAACGUUGGACAAAGUAUCAUUGCAACUUUUGGUGCAAAUUCUAACCAAGAAAAGUCUUCUCUGAGAUUAACAGGAAUUGAGUUCGUCAAAAACAGUGGUAUAUUUGCAUCAGCUGUGCAUUUAGUUGCGAAAAGAGCAAAAUCUGUAAAGUUAAAAGCAAAAAUUUCAGACUGUAUAUUUUAUGGAAACAAAGCAGAUACGUUCUUUGGUUCAGUAUAUGCUGACAACGUGCGAAUUGACGUUUCAAAUACAUUCUUUGCAAAUAACGUUGCUGGGGAGGUCCGCGGUUCAACGCAAGGUUUUGGUGGCGCGAUUUACAUUGAAGACGAAAGUAUUGUUCAUGUUUCAGAUUCAACUUUUGUUAACAACACUUGCUCGGGAUUUGGUGGAACGAUUUUCUCGCGUGGAAUGUUUUCUUGCCUAAAUUGCUCCUUUACUGGAGCAAGUGAGGUAAAUAUUCGUCCAUUGCUAGGCGAUAUCCUAUAUGCAACAGCUGGUCUGUCCCUUAUAAACACUACAUGGACAUCGACGAUUAUGAGCGAAAAUCCAAAAUCACUCAUUUGGCAUCCUGGAAGCCCGACAAUAGAGCGUUGGGGAAUAACUGUGUCUGGUUAUUUCAAAGUAACAUGUCCAGAGGGACACAAUAUAUCAUAUUCCGGUAUUAUCCGCCAAAGUUAUCGAGUCAACAGAAUAUCUAUUUCUUGUAUACCAUGCUCUACAAACCAAUACAGCUUAACUUCCGGUUCACUUAGUGUAUUUCAGAAAAAUGGGAAACUUUUAAAUUCCAAAAAAUCGGUAGCUCAUUGUUUUAAUUGUAAAUAUGGAGGAGUUUGUAAUACUGGUACCAUUCGCGCGCAAGCCAAUUAUUACGGUUACCGAACUGGAAUAAAUAACGAUGAAGUACGUUUUGUACCCUGUCCAGUUGGAUAUUGUUGUGUAGGUAAAAGUUGUCAAAAAUAUAAUUCCUGUCAACCUGCCAGGACAGGAUUAUUUUGUGGGAGCUGCAAAAAUGGCACGACGGAGAAUUUGAUAAAUUCGGAUUGUAUUGAUCCGCGAAAAUGUAGCGAUCAUUGGUUUUGGCUUUUGUUUUUACCCUUUGGUAUUAUGUAUAUCAUUAGUUUUAUGUAUCUCGAUAAGAUUAGUGCUUUUAUCAAACGCGAGCUGGUGUGGUGGGAUAAUCAAAUUCACCACCGUCAUGACUUGGAAGAGUAUGAAGUUUUAGACGCUAGAGCAGAAGAACAAUCAGUAACAGAAAAUUUAACAUCCCGUAAAACACAAGAUGACGCAGAAGAUACUGAUGUGCCCUUAAAUCCCACCAAUCUGGACCCAGAUAUACAUUUACAAUCUAUUCCAAUUAAGGAGAAAAAAGAUAUCUUUAAAACUCCGGGGAAGAAAGUGAGAGGACCUGAUGUAUUUACAGACAUGCUGAACACGUCGUUUUACUUUUACCAGAUGUUUCUACUAAUGCGCAUGCGUGAAAGCAUAGUAAUGGAUUACAUCAUGUCAUGCCUUCGAUCAGUGUAUACAAGUUUGUUUACUUUGUCCAUUGAAGGUGGAUCUUCUUUUAUCUUGUGUCCGCUACCUGGUUUGACAGCCGUAACUAAACUUUUAUUUUUAAAAUCCUUCGCUUGUUACGUUCUGUUCCUCCUUUUUGUUUUCCAUACAGUCGUCUACUUGGUGCAGUUUUUUUUACUUCAAGAUCUUCGGAGAAAAGAAGCGCUUAUUGUUUUCAGUAUCCGAUUAAAAGUGGCCACCGUGCAAAUUUUACUUAUAGCUUACGCUACCUUAUCGACGACAGCCGUUACCUUGGUAACAUGCAUUCCAAUGAAUCUAACAACGGUGUUACUUAUUGAUGGAACGGUAACUUGUUACACUUGGUGGCAAGCGCUUAUUUUCAUUUUCGUUUUUAUGUGGGUUAUACCAUUUCCCGUUGCUAUGGUUUACAGCUUGAUUUAUUUAAAAAAAGAGAAUAUAACAUAUCAUCAAUUUGUAUUAGCUUGGGCGUUUCCUUUUCCUUAUUUGGUAUGGGAGUUUGUGAACGCAUUUAUAAAGCCUGAUGAAAGGACUAGGAAACGCCCAGAUGCGACCAGUUUGAUUUUCGAUCACCCAAGCAUAGAGACUGAAGAAAAAUGUUCAAUAAAUGAAAUUUUAUUUCGACUUGAGUGUCCGUAUAAAGGAGUGGCAAAUCACCUUCUCAACAAAGAAAAGAGUCCGGGAAAAGAAAAGAAGAAAAAUAUAUUCGAAGUUACAGAACCUGCGUUUUGGCAAGGCGUUUUGUUAGGGAAAAGGUUAAUUUUGAUUUUGAUUUUAACGUUCAUCAGAACUCCUGUAUCGAAAUACUACUGCGCAUUGUUGCUAUGCACAUUAUACCUGGUUCAUCAGAUAUACUACAGACCAUUCUUAAUACUGGCAGCUAACAUAUUUGAAACUGUAACUUCGGUGAUAUUGUUAGCUUUUUGCAGCAUGAAUUUAUUUUUCGCUUACAGUUAUGUGAGUGAUUUGCCUCCCGAAGCAGCUGACGAAAACUUAAGCAUCAUAUUUCGCUGGUUUGAAGCAAUAAUAUUAGUGUUAUUGCCAACUGUAGCUGUACUAGUUUUAUUUGUUCUGGUGUUAACACGUGUUAUUAUUUUGACGGGAAAACUUUUUGGUUUCAUUGUUGAUUUUUGCAUACGCGCGAGAACUUCUAAUGUUGUAUAAAAACUGUGAAUAA